AGAACCUCUCUAUUACCUAAACUCCGACGAAGUCUAAAAGCGAAUUGGAAGCCUUCGGUGCCGUCCGGCGCCGUUCUAUCAAGAUGAACACUGUCGACGUAAUCAGAGCCAAUGUAAAUGAGACCUCACGAUGUCAGGCAUUGAAGCCGAUACUGUUCAAUAAAGGGUGGCUGCUGUCUACUAGGGGCUACGUAGAAUGUAUAAAUCUAGUGCUAGCUGCACAUGCUAUUCCGUCGCAGAAAAGAAUAUGAUUCCAAUCAAUAUCUAACUGUAGAAUACUCCGCAAGGCGUGACUCUUUCUAUCAAACUUCUUCCCCUUCUAUUAGUCUCGAAUAUGCCUUACGAACGAACAGUCAUCAUCACAGGUGGUACAGUGAACCUAGGCUAUUACACUGCCUUGGAGAUCGCGAAAACCCACCCCGAGUAUCUCGUUAUUAUUUCAUCACGAUCCGACAAGGAGAAUGCGGCAGAGGCUAUUAACAAGGCACUCGGCCAAACCAACACGAUAUUCAUCCCACUCGAUCUUUCAAGCGUGCAAAAAGUACGCGCGUACGCCGAAGACUACAUUGCGAAGAAAUAUCCACCGAUUCAAGCCCUAGUCCAAAAUGCCGCUUUGCAAUUCCCCGGUUCCCUGGUCAAGACCGCCGAUGGGAUCGAAGCUACCUUCGCAAUCAGCCACAUCGGCCAUGCCCUACUCUUCCAUCUACUCUGUCCCUAUCUUGCGCCGAAAGCUCGAGUCGUCGUUCUAUCAAGCGGCACCCAUGAUCCAGACCAAAUUACAGGCGGUAUGCCAAAGCCGAAUUACAUUAGCGCCGAGGAUCUCGCACAUCCAACUCCUGCCUCCGCCAAGAACCCAGGACGCCAGCGUUACACCGAAAGCAAGCUUGCGAACAUACUUUGGACUUACGCUCUCGAUAAACGCCUAAAGCAGCGCGUUCCCGACCGAGGUAUCACAGUCACGGCAUAUGAUCCGGGAUUAAUGCCCGGCUCCGGUCUUGCUCGCGAGGCGGGCUGGUUCCCAAGGUUCCUAUGGAUUCAUAUUAUGCCAAGAAUCAUUCCACUCCUUAAGAUAGUAAUUAGUCCAAACAUUCGCACACCGAAUCAAGCUGGAGUUAUACUUGCGCGUCUUGCUAUUGGUCAGGAUAUGGAAGGUGUAAGUGGCAGGUACUAUGAAGGCCCGAAGGAAAUCAAGUCUAGCAAAGAUAGCUAUGAUGAGGCGAAGCAGGAUGAUCUUUGGAAUUGGACGGUGAAUUAUCUUGCGAAGGGGGAUGAGGAAAAGGAGAGGUUUGAGCAAUUGAAGUAGGCGUAUGCGCGCGAACAGGGCCACAUAUUAAAUCUUUCCUGUGUAGGAUUUCUUCUAAUUCAACUACCUAAUACUUACCACCGGAUCUAAUAAAGGAGGGAAAAUUAGCCAAAAAGAUCGAAAAUAUAGUAGGAAUAUGUAUUCAAAUAAGAAUAAGGACUCACACUCCUGAAUCUAUCACCAAAGAAUGUCCAUUGACAAAGCUGGCC